UCCUGAAGGAUACCGUCAGAUGAGUGGGCUGAGUGGCGAGGCGAAAGAAAUUGUGCGAGAUAUGAGUGCGGCACAAGCGAAGCCGUGUUCUAUCAUGGCAGCUUUAAAAGAAAAAGUACCAUCUGACAACCCUACAAUAAAGCAAGUGUACAACUAUAGAGAGACUUUGAGAAAGUCUAGCUUUGAGGGUAGAGAUGUGGUUGGGCAAUUUUAUCACAUGGCUCAGCAAAAUGAUUAUGUACACUGGACUCUUGCUGAGGAGGAUACAGGUGUGUUGACCCAUAUUUUCAUGGCUCAUCCUGAUUCAGUGAGACUACUUCGUACGUACUACUGGAUCAUCGGCAUGGACUCCACGUACAAGACGAACAAGUACAAGCUGCCUUUUUUUGAGAUUAUUGGAAUGACUCCUUGCAACAAGAACUUCAUAAUUGCAUAUGCAAUUAUGAAGGAUGAGACUGAAGGGAGUUACAGAUGGGUAUUGGAGAGACUGAGGUGCUUGAUUGGGGAACAUAUUCAUCCGAGCGCUAUUCUUACUGAUCGAGAAUUGGGGCUUAUGAGACCAGUGUCAGAGGUUUUCCCACGUUCUUCUCAUCUACUAUGUACGUGGCACAUAAAUAAGGACGUAGAAGAUAGAGUGUACAGAAUUAGUGGGAAAAACCAAGAGUUUGCUGAAAUUUUCAAGAAUAGUACAUGGAAGAAAAUUAUCAGGGCGCCAAGUUUUGAUCAAUAUAACAUAGCUGUGGAGCACUUCAGAGAUCGGUUUAAAGGUUUUCCAGGGUUGAUACAGUACAUUGAGGGGACUUGGCUGGGACACAGAGAGAAGUUCGUAUCUUGCUGGACGGACUUAGUCCUACAUUUUGGAAACACCACCACAUGUAGAGUCGAGAGCGCACAUGCUCAGCUUAAGCAGUGGCUCAACUCUAGCACCGGUGCUCUGGACACAGUCUGGACGAAGGUCGACAAAGUUAUACAGUCGCAGCUGAUAGAUAUCCGCAAAACACUUGAGGACUCCAGACGGACUAUUGGCGUACAUCGACGCGGUUUUCCAUUUGACAAGCUCUCAUGCAGAGUGUCACAUUACUGUCUGGAUUUAAUAUCGAAAGAACUAAGGCGUAUGCGAGAAUUGAGUACCGAUGUCUACGAUCGCUGUGGUUGUGUGGUUAGAUCAACACAUCAGAUCCCCUGUGCAUGUGAGCUGCGAGCGGUGGUCGAUUCAGGUAACCCGAUCAGCCUUGACAGUAUACACCCGUUUUGGACGAAACUUGUUAUUCUCGGCGAUGGGUUGGACACAUCUGCGCAACCCGAUUUUGCUGGUUUUCAGACUGAGGAACAUCAGUAUUUUCACGAGGUCGCCGACGAGGUCAUGACUAAGGAUCCUUCAGUGUUGCGUGAUAUUUCUCGUAUUGUUCGAGAGCGACUUCACCCCGAAGACUUAGGCUACAUGGAACCAGAAGUUAAAACAAAUGUCAGAGGUCGACCAAAGGGGAGCAAAUCAACGAAGCGGGAUCCGAGUCGUCAUGAGUACAAGGACCGUGUACCUGGUCGUCCUAAAUCUUCCAAAGCUCAGAAAAAUCGUACAUCCGCGUCAGGUAAUUAUCAUCCACUAAUAUUCGUUAUCUGGUUUGCAAAAUGCGGAGGUUAUUCCAGGAUUCCUUUUACCAUUCGUUGA